AUCGUGGGUCCUUGCUACGGCCGAAGGGCGUCUAGGGCUGCUUGUCGGGUCUGGUCUAGACGCGCGGGGGUCUGCAAGCGUGAGGCCGCCUUCCAACCUGGCUUCCCAGGAUGUCGGUGGCCUUCGUGCCGGACUGGCUGAGAGGCAAGGCGGAAGUCAAUCAGGAGACGAUCCAGCGGCUCCUGGAGGAGAAUGAUCAGUUGAUCCGCUGUAUUGUGGAAUAUCAGCACAAAGGCCGGGCGAAUGAAUGCGUCCAGUACCAGCAUGUGUUACACAGAAAUCUCAUUUAUUUGGCCAGCAUCGCAGACGCCAACCCAACCAGUGCUUCAAAAUCAAUGGAAUAAUCUUCCAGUUGGCUGUUGUGAGGAGUAAUCAAAUAUAAUCUAUUUCCUAGGAAAUGGAGGCAGGAUCUUUACCAACUACCUGCUUAGAAGGUGAAUGGAACCUCUGUGGCUCUUUUAAAAAUGUGAAAAUGCAAAGAAAGCUACUAAAUUAACCGUAUUCUCAGAGAGAAUAAAUAUUUAUUUUAAUAA